UUAACGAAACCGCCAUCUUGUUUGUAUGUGGAGAGGUUUUAUGGUAUAUAAACAUGUCAAUCGAAAUUGAAUCAGCGGAUGUUGUGAGAUUAAUUCAACAGUAUCUAAAAGAAAACAGUUUGCUUCGAACAUUACAAGUGUUACAGGAAGAAACUUCCAUAUCUCUCAAUACUGUUGACAGCGUAGAUAGUUUUAUACAAGACAUUAACAAUGGGCAUUGGGAUACGGUGUUAAAAGUCGUACAAUCUUUAAAACUUCCCGAUAAAAAACUCAUUGACUUAUACGAACAGGUGGUUCUUGAACUUAUAGAAUUGAGAGAAUUGGGUGCCGCUCGUUCAUUGUUGAGACAGACCGAUCCAAUGAUAAAAAUGAAACAAGAAGAACCUGAAAGAUAUAUUCACUUAGAAAAUCUUUUAGCGAGAUCGUACUUUGAUCCGCGUGAGGCUUAUCCUGACGGUAGUAGUAAGGAAAGGAGAAGAGGUGCAAUCGCUCAAGCAUUAGCUGGUGAAGUUAGCGUGGUUCCUCCUUCUCGUCUGUUAGCUUUACUCGGCCAAGCUCUUAAAUGGCAGCAGCAUCAAGGUCUUCUGCCACCAGGAACAACAAUUGAUUUGUUUCGUGGUAAAGCAGCUAUCAGAGAACAGGAAGAUGAGAAAUAUCCCACUCAGCUUUCAAAACAGAUUAAAUUUGGACAGAAAUCUCACGUAGAAUGUGCUCGAUUCUCUCCCGACGGUCAGUAUCUCGUAACUGGUUCCGUUGAUGGAUUUAUAGAAGUGUGGAAUUUUACAACUGGUAAAAUAAGAAAAGAUUUAAAAUACCAGGCUCAGGACAAUUUCAUGAUGAUGGACGAUGCAGUUUUGUGUCUUUGCUUUAGUCGUGAUUCAGAAAUGCUUUCAUCGGGAAGCCAAGAUGGAAAAAUAAAAGUAUGGAAAAUUCAGACUGGGCAGUGUCUCAGGAGAUUUGAACGUGCUCAUUCUAAGGGAAUUACAUGUAUUCAGUUCUCAAAAGAUAGCAGUCAAUUGUUAAGUGCUUCAUUUGAUCAGACAAUAAGAAUUCAUGGUUUGAAAUCUGGUAAAUUAUUAAAAGAAUGUAGAGGUCAUACAUCAUUUGUUAACGAAGCAAUUUUUACUGCCGAUGGACAUAAUAUUCUUAGCGCCAGUUCAGAUGGUACCGUCAAAUUGUGGAAUAUAAAAAGCACAGAAUGUCUUAAUACAUUCAAAUCUCUUGGAGGAACAAGCGGUAUAGACAUUACCGUAAAUAGCGUUCACGCUUUGCCAAAAAAUGCAGAACAUUUUGUUGUUUGUAAUCGAUCAAAUACCGUUUCUAUAAUGAACAUGCAAGGACAGAUCGUACGUAGUUUUUCGAGUGGUAAAAGAGAGAGAGGAGACUUUAUCUGUUGUACCGUUUCCCCGAGAGGAGAAUGGAUUUAUUGUAUUGGUGAAGAUUUUGUUUUGUAUUGUUUCUCUACUUCAACUGGAAAACUGGAAAGAACAUUAACAGUUCACGAGAAGGACGUAAUAGGAAUAAGUCAUCAUCCCCAUCAGAAUUUAAUUGCAACAUACAGCGAGGACGGUUUGUUAAAACUGUGGAAACCAUAAUCACUUUUUCAUAUGUAAAUAUACGUAUAAAACAAUUAAAACUAAAAUAUACUCUUAGUAUAUUUAAUUUUCAAACAAAUGAA